CUACGUCAGCAUUGGGCAAGAUGGCGGAGCCCAUACAGCAGGAGCAGCUCCGUGUGGCAACCGGGCUCCGUUCCCUUCUUUUUCUGUGGCUGCUAAGCUUGGUGGGAGCCAAUGAAGUUCAGUCGGCACAGGACACCCCGCACCGCCGGUUUGAGUAUAAAUACAGCUUCAAGGGUCCUUACCUAGUACAGAGUGAUGGUUCUGUGCCAUUCUGGAGCCACACUGGCAACGCCAUUCCCAGCGCCGAUCAGAUUCGGAUAACUCCAUCUUUAAAAAGUCAGAAAGGAUCGGUGUGGACAAAAGCCAUAGCAAACUUUCAGAACUGGGAACUGGAAGUGACGUUCCGAAUCACCGGACGGGGCAGAAUAGGGGCUGACGGAUUGGCAAUCUGGUACACUGCCGCCCAAGGGCUUGAAGGAGAUGUCUACGGUGCAGCUGAUUCCUGGAACGGCGUUGGGAUAUUUUUUGACUCCUUUGAUAAUGAUGGAAAGAAAAACAAUCCUGCCAUAUUGGCUGUGGGUAACAACGGCAAGCUUCAGUAUGACCACCAGAAUGAUGGCGCCACACAGGCUUUGGCUUCAUGUCUAAGGGAUUUCCGGAAUAAACCUUACCCAGUGAGAGCAAAGAUCACGUAUUAUAAAAAGAUAUUAACGAUAAUGAUUAACAAUGGCUUUACACCAGAUAAAGAGGACUAUGAGUUCUGUGCCAAAGUGGAAAACAUGAUUCUCCCAAGCCAAGGUUACUUUGGCAUAUCUGCGGCUACUGGGGGCCUGGCAGAUGAUCAUGACGUGCUCUCCUUCCUGACUUUCCAACUGACUGAACCUGGAAAGGAAGCUCCCCCGCCCGACACAGAGAUUCCAAAGGAAGAAAAGGACAAGUACCAGGAAGAAUUUGACAACUUCCAACAAGAGCUGGAUAAGAGGAAAGAGGAGUUUCAGAAGGAUCACCCCGAGGCAGCGGAGCAACCAGUGGAUGACAUGUAUGAGUCUGUAAACGACCGCGAGCUCCGACAAAUCUUCGAGGGUCAGAACCGCAUUCAUCUAGAAAUAAAGCAGCUCAACAGGCAGUUGGACAUGAUCCUCGACGAGCAGAGAAGAUAUGUGACAGCGGUCACCGAUGAGAUUGCCAAGAGAGGUGCCGGAGAUGGAGCCGGAACAGGCGGCCCUGGUCAUCAGCAACAGUUUGCACCUGCGGACCUGCAGUUCCUGCUCAGCACUCAGAGGGAAGUCUUACAGCAGAUGGCGGAUAUGAGGAGCUCUAUAAGCGAGACUGUGCGGCACGUUAGCGGAAAUAAGCACCUAGGCACGGGGGGUUAUGAGUCGACGCAGCACUUCAACGAUAUCAAGGAGCAUCUCCACGUCGUAAAGAGGGACAUUGAGCAUCUGGUGCAGAAGAGCUUGCCACAUGAGGUACAGAAGUGUCCAGAAGUGCCUCCAUUUCCCUCCUGUUUAACCACAACCCACUUCUUUAUAUUUGUGGCUAUACAGACAGUGUUAUUCCUUGGCUACAUUAUGUACAGGAGUCAGCAGGAAGCAGCCGCCAAGAAGUUCUUUUGAUGACGCAUUUGCGAGGUCUACGUCCGUCCGUCAGGAUGCGCCAAGCGUACGUUUGUACACGAGGAACUUUUUUUUUUAGUAACGAGAUGCUUCAUUAGAUUAAAUUAUUGAAUUCUUGUGGAACAAAAUGAACUUAUUGUUUAUUAGUCUCCGGCAAUCGAAAUUGGGCACAAAAUGAAAACUUUUUUUUUUUUUUUAAACAAAACUUUUUAAACCCUUGUCCAUUAAAGAGGCUCCAUUUGUUUAUUUUUAUGAAUUACCUGUGUAAAAAUCUUCCUCAGGGCCACCAAUUUAUUUUUUUUUGUGGAUUUUAAAGGGGAACUAAAGCUCUGAAACGCCUUUACUUCUAUAGCUUAAUUUAUACCAGCUUCUAUGCCACUUUGUAUGAACAGCAACCCUAUGCCAGCCACCCUCAGUAUCAGCCAACAAUAUGUAUAAACAAUAAUACCCUGCGGCCAAGGGCCUUGCCCCAGCUAAGUAACCAAUAGGAGCAGUUAUUUCAGGCAAUUCAAGAUCUGGGCAUAGGGGUUUCUGUAUAACCAUAGGCCAUUUUCCACUGACUAAUGGGAAGCCCCAUGAGUGGGCUUUUAGGGGAAGCUCACAGCUUCAGCCAAUCAGAAGCCCCCCUUAUGCUGUAAUUCUACUCUACAAGCGUAAUUUCCCUGUACUGAUCUAGUUUAAUUGAAUAAAAAGUAUUUUGCAGCUUAGAGAAGAAAUGUUUUAGGGAAAAAAUGUUAUUUUUUAUUAUUAGUGCGGAUAAUUGGGGAAAGGAUCAGAAAUAAGCUUAUGAGCAUAGCUGUCCAACAGGGACGCAGGAGCAGCGACUUCCGGCUAAAGCGAUACCGACACUUUAGGAAGGUGACACUGACGUCUUCCUGUAAAAAAAAUAAAUACUGUGGGAGGCGUCGCUGUCUGUUUAAAUGUGGUGCAAAUGUGAAUCAGCCUCACCAUCACAGUGGAUCAUUUUGUUGUGCAAAAUAGGGAUAUUUGCCUCAAAGAGGUGAUGCGAGAGAAUGUUAGAUGUAGGACAGACUGGCGCCACUUGGGCGACUGGCUGCCCCUUCCGGAUGGUGACAAUAUUUGGAGGGCCCCCAGUUUCUCAUCUGUGGCCCAAAUAGAAACAAGACCACUACUGUCUUUAUAUAUAUAUAUAUAUAUAUAUAUAUGAUGUAUGUAUGAUCGUUUCUACUCCUGAAAUGCAAUGUAUCACCGUUUGUAUGUGCAUCGGCCUCCGCAGUCGUAAUGUUGCCAUAAACACCUUUGUGUUAUAUAAGCUGUGAUCUUUUUUUAGUUUAUCCUUAAUAUCUGAUCAUUCAUAUCUAUGAGCCAAAUUGUAACCUUGACUACGUUCCUGCUCAGCAGCCGCACUUUCCUUCCUGUCAAUCAUGUGACCUGCAGCAGUCUUUCCAACACUUGGAUGUUGCUUUGUGGCAAAGAAUCUCCCUCUCCAUACCUUUGCUCAGAGUAGAAGGGACUGUACCAGAAACACUUCUUUAAGACCAAAUAAAGUCACAUCAGAGAGUGGAACAGGUAAAAGCUGCUUGAUUUUAUGAAAUAGUUCAGCAAACAAUAUUAUAUUGAUAUCUCCGUCUGAUGUUUAACUCCUUAUGGUACUCAGUGUUGUUAAAUUAGCCCUCAUUAUGUUUUGGGCCACUGAGCAUGUGCAGUGCCACUGACACAAAGGAAGGCCACACAAGACUCAAGAUGGGGAGCUCCAAUGGACGGCUCUGAAGGCCUGGAUCAUUACAGUUUUAGGACUGUCUGCACCGUGGGCUGGUACAGUGAGGUCUGUUUAUGGAAUACAGUAUUUCUAGCCAGAGUCAUUAUUAGGCUUUAGUUCUCCUUUAAGGAACACUGUUUUACCCGGAUGUUCUGUUCUGUUACCAAAAGUGUUGUUAUUGAUGUUUGCUGCCUUAAUUACACAUUGUCCCAUACCAGAUGGUGCUUCUGUAUUUUGUUUUCUGUAACGAGACCCCAUUGGCUCAUACAGUGCUUCGGUAAACACCAUUUGGUCUAGAACCUUGUGGUUCCGUGACCUUAUUACACGGGCCAUUCUUUCCUCUCACGUUGCUACUUUUGUGCCACUUGUAUAAACAUUUACUGAGGAUUUACCCGCUAACGGGGAAGCUCCUAAUCUGAUCUGCCCCGAAUUAAAGGCAAAGCUCCUAAUCUGAUUUUGCCAGAAUUAAAGGGAAAGUGUAAUUAAAUAUUUGUAUCUUUUUCUAAGUGCCUUAUGAAGCUCCUCCUUAUUUUACCCCUCGCGGCUUGAAGUCUAAAAUGCUACUUGUACCAAAAUGCCAAUUCUCUGCUUGGUUUCUACAGCAGCCUGAGAGCUGCCCCUGUUCCCAACCGGAAGAACAUACAGUUGUAUCACUGGGCUCGGUUUCAAUAUGUGUGUCUUCUAUUUGCCCUUCUACCACUGGGAUGUGGGCAGGCCUUAACUGAAUUAAGAAGAAAAUGGGUGAUGGUGACCUGACAGUCUAAAGCACAAACUCUGAGGGUACAGUGGCCUUUUACUGAGUCUCAGACUGCGCUGCCUCCCUACAUAUUGCAGCCAGCCAAUCAAGGUGGGAGGAAGCUGUACUGGUACAUAAGCACGGUCAGGCUGCAGGUGUUUUGUGACUUGCUGCCAGUAUGGGUUGGGGGGUCUGGUACCCCUGGCCCCCACUGCAGCCAUAGUUUACCCCCAUUAGUUACACCACCCACAUGUCAAACCAAAAAAAUAAUUUUUUGCCUAAAAAGAAAAUAUAAUUCUAAGCAACUUUCCAGUAUGAAUAUUUGUAAAUGUAAUUGCUAUUGAAACUGUCUGUCUCCUCCGGCGAAUCAAGUUUGUCUCCUCCGGCGAAUCAAGUCUGUCUGUCUCCUCCGGCGAGUCAGGUCUGUCUGUCUCCUCCGGCGAGUCAGGUCUGUCUGUCUCCUCC